AUGCUCAAGGUUGCUUGCAAAACAUUGUCCAGGCUUUCCAACCAGGUAGGGUUACACCUAACUCCUAAACUUUUAUGACCAAAAGAGUAGCUAAAAUGUAAUUAUCCUGAACGAUAGCUUCAGUUAGGUCUAUUCGACAUAUUUUGUCUUUCAGAAUGUAUUUAAACACCUAAAUCUAGUCCGGAAUGCCCAUAUCUACAGUUUGAACUCAAUGGACGACUACCACAAUUAUUUGGCUGGGGGUUAUGGCCGUCACGCGUUAUUGGAUUUUUAUGCCGAUUGGGAUGGGACAUCCCUACUUCGAAGAGAACGAUUGGCCACAAAAGUUGAGGCCAGGGAUGAGGAGGUAGGCUUUAGAAGUUGAUUUAUUUCAGUCGCUCGUGCAGGACUGGGUCAAUUUUUACGAGUUUUCAUAUUUUUAAUAUAUCUAAAAUCACUUUCAGUUCGACCUUCUCCAAGUUGAUGUAGGUACAGCUGUCGAUGUUGCCCAGUACUUCCAAGUUGAACAAGUACCUACCUUAAUAUCCCAUUAUGAUUCCGAUGAAUUGGAAAGAGUUGUUGGCGAUGUUGAUGAUGAAACAUUGGAGGACAUCAUUGAGGACUUGAUCGAACGUUCUCAGCAUCACGGUUAG